GACCCGUACAUAAAUGUAUCAAGGAAGGUCAAUAAUUAGCACUGGUCUACCAUCAUGAAAACUUUGAUCAUUUGAAAGGAACAAAUAAACAUUCACUUUGAUAAAGUAAGAGGCCUCUUUAACUUUCAAGAAUGAAGAUACCGGGCGCAGUUGCCAUAGUAACGGGCGGUUCCCGUGGGCUUGGUCGAGCAUUCUCUGUGGAGUUGCUGAAGCGAGGCGCCAGGGUGUGUGUUGCGGACAUCAACGAGGCGGAGGGCCGUCAGACGGAGGCGGCACUGCAGCGACAAUACGGGGCGGACAAGGCGCUCUUUGUUAAAUGUGACGUAACAAAGGAUAACGACAUGAAAGAUCUGUGGCGGGUGGCGGUGGAACGCUUCACGACGGUCGACCUGAUGGUGAACAACGCCGGCAUCAUGAACGAAACUCUCGUGGAGGAGACUGUGCAGAUCAACCUGAUGGGAGCCAUGCGGGGCUCGAUGAUGGCGUUCGAACACAUGCGGAAGGACCGGGGAGGGAAGGGCGGAGUCAUCAUCAACGUCGCUUCCACCGCAGGGUUGUUCCCUGUGUUCUUCAUGCCCACGUAUGCGGCCUCCAAGUACGCCCUCGUCGGAUUUACUCGCAGCUGGGCCUCGAACCCGUGCCAGGCGAGGUUUGGUGUGAGCUGGGCGGUCCUGUGCCCCGCCUUCACCGACACGAGCAUGCUGUCCUUGGCCAUUGAUGGCUCCGACCCGCCCCUCGUCACCUACCAAGAGAACAAGGAGAUGGUUGUCACCACGGUCAAGUCAAUAGGCAUCAACAGCGUGGAUGACGUGUCCCGUGCGUUCGUUGAGCUGGUAGAGAAAGACGAUAACAACGGAGCCGUCGUCACAGUCGAGAAGAAGAUGGGCGGAGCCGUCUACCGCUUCGUUAAAAAUCCAAACCGUCUCUGACACCACCGCGUAUACUUAAAAGUCGACGUUUUACCCAACCCUAUCUAACGUACUUCGACCUGAAUUCCGUCUCAAAGAACUUACAUACCUAGACCGACGUCAACCAAACAUCUUCGCACACUGAACUUAUUAAAUGACAAUGUGCCAUAAUAUUACUAGAUCUUAUUUAAAUCAUUUUCGGCUUGGUUUUAUUUGGAUCUUGCUUUCAUUUACUGUCUGUUGCGUUGACAAUACUUUAAAAUUACAUUCGUGUGUGUCGACAUACGUUUUGACCCUAGCAUGAGAACCAACAUUACCCAUGUUGUUGUGUCAGUGCAUAAUAUAAUUAUUAUAUAUUUAUGUAAAUUGUUCAAUUGUUGACGGGUUUGUACAAAUUAAAAUUCAGUAGGUAUAUAUUAUAUGUAUAAAAGCUGUUUGUUUAGACUUUUAUUUUUAAAAUAAAUUAUUUUUACACUG